GUCAUCGGCGCGCGUCCCGCCGGAUGGAGCGGUUCUGGACGAACGGGAUGGUUGUGUACGGUGUCAUACAGCAGUGUUUUAAAGUGUCCCGUUUCACCGUAAAAUCGGACAAGUGCAAGAAACAGGCGAGGGGCGUGAGUGAGUAACGCGGGGAGUUAGUUGACAUAGCGUGUGGUGGUUGAGACUCCUGCUCUUUCACGUCUUGCUGCUGUCAUCUAUAAUAAUGGAGGAGCCUCAUGUUCACUGCGUGUCCUGCAUAAGCAGAAGAUGCAUGGUCAAACCUGAACCCGGCACUUCCUGUGACCUCAUCAGCUGCCCUCUUGUGUGUGGUGCCGUCUUCCACAGCUGCAAGGCUAUUGAACACAAGCUGCUGUGCCCGCUUGAAAGGGUGCCAUGUCUUAACCAAAGCAUUGGAUGCCCUUUUACACUGGCCCGUGGCCAGAUGGCAGAGCACCUUGAGGUGUGUCCUGCAGGUGUGGUGUGCUGCACUAUGGAGUGGAAUAGGUGGCCAGUAAACGACGAAGCUUAUCGUACAUAUGAGAGACUGAGUCAAGAAGCAGAGGAGGUGGAUCAGCUUGACAUGGCGCUUGCCCUUCAGGACCAGCGCACCAUGUUAGCGUCACUCAAACUCGUCUCUCUGGCUCCCACUAGUGGCCCGGAGAAAAAGACUCGGACAGCAGGACAAAACAUAAAGCCUGGCCUAGUCUCAAAUGCUCAGCCGCCAUGUGUGCAGGUGGAGACCAUUGAGAUGGAGCCUACGGCUGGCUGCUCGAAAGACAAGAUUUCCAAUGGGAUUAACGGUCUAAAAGAAGAACGUUACGGGGAGCUCUACCAAACCACGGUAGAGACAACCAAAAGCCUGGCCGCAGCUCUCAACGUCCUGAUCCACCUUAAUUCUUCAGAAGCAGACUGUACAACCACUAAUGCAUCAGCUGGACUUACUAAACACAAUGGGGAACUGCAUGAAAAGGUGAAGAUGAGAGAAGACGUCGGGCUCAGCUGUGAUAAAAUAGCUAGCGGAGUCAAUGGCCAAAAGGAGGAGCUACAGCCUCAACAGCACCAGAAACUCAUGGAACUUGGCAGGAGUUUGGCCUCUGCUCUCGGUGCAUUAGGAGAUGCUGUCAAAGGCAACGAGCCAAUUAGCGGCGCGAUACUAAACGGCAAUGGCAGGCCCAGUCAGUCAGAAACUUUGGAGUCUGCAGAUGUUGAUGUGAAGGACGUUACAUCGGCGGUUGAUGGUGAGACUGGGGCUGUUGGGGGAAUUCAUGCUGGAGAAACCGCUUUAGAUGUUCUUGCUCAUGAGGCAACAGGUGAGUGUCGCCCAGUCAUGUUGGAAGACAUAGAUAGGCAAGGUUUCUGUAACGGCUCUCAUAGUAUUGUAGAUCACUUAAUGGAAUCGACCACCGAACACCAUCAAAACCAAGAGUCCCAAGGUUCUUGGGAGUUUAUUGGUCCAUUAAUUCCCCAUAGGCCAGAGAUCAGACACGAUCACCAUGCUUUCUUGAUCCAGGAGGCCUCUGGAUCACAAGCCCCAUUGCUGCAGCAACCUAUACAUGCUCAGACUCUGACCGUCCAGAGAGACAAUGCACUACCUAUGAUUGCAUUAGAUUUUGAAGACAGGGCUUUUGAGAGGAAACUCCAAAACCUUCAGUUGCUGCGCAACUUUAUGCCACUUGCACUUAAUGGACGGAAGGGGUCGUUUACAGAAGUUGUUCCUCAUAGAAAUCCACAUUGCAAAAUGGAGGACAAAGCUGUGGACACAUCGGAUUUGGAUCAGGAGCCAAUGGAUGACCCAAUGGGACUUGGCGAAAUUGACUUUACGGCAGCUGCUCUUCUGUUCUGCUUGGAGGAGUCGCCACGAGCUCGGAGGAUAUCCGACACGGUCUAUGCGUUUGGGGGCGCACGUGUUGACUUCGGCACCCAGACGUUUAGUUUCCCCGCUGCCAUCUUGGCAACAAGUACGAUGGUCGGCGAGGUUCCAUCGGCUUCUGCUUGCGAUGGAGCCGCACCACGCCUUUCACAACCGAGUCCAUUUUGCACUCUACGGCUUGAUCUGACGCUGGAGCAGCUUGUGCCUCGUCCAAGUUGGGCUCCACGCGAGGGCUCCAUGUUUACCUUUGAGUGCGGCCAGCUCUUCCGUCGAGAAGAGUUCCUGUCACAUUUUCGCAAUGUUCAUGGAGAUAUCCACUCUGGACUCAAUGGCUGGAUGGAGCACCGUUGUCCAUUAGCGUAUUAUGGCUGCACAUACUCCCAACGCAGAUUCUGCCCAUCCACUCAGGGCUCGAAGGUUGUUCACGACCGUCACCUCAGGUCCUUCGGGGUGCAACCCAUCUCGGAACCUGUGACUGAACCCAAGUGCGAUCACCUUAGUGGAUUGCCGUUUGAAGUACUUCAACAUGUAGCCCGAUUUUUGGAUGGCUUUAGCCUAUGUCAGCUGUCAAUGGUGUCCCGUACAAUGAGGGAUGUUUGUGCUAGUCUGCUGCAGACUCGUGGCAUGGUGGUGGUACAAUGGGAAAAAAAGCUAUAUUUGGAUGGAAGACGAACCUGGCAGAUAAAAGACAAGGUUUGGCGUUUCAGCACAGCCUUUAGCCCGGUUAACCGGUGGGAGUUUGCGGACAUCUCUAGCAUGGCAGACCACCUGAAACGUUGCCCAUACAAUGAAGUCCUCCGACAAGUGGAGGCGGUUCCACUGCCCUGCAUGUGCACGACCAGAGAGCUAACGCGAGACGGCAGAUCGCUUCGAUCUGUUCUCAAACCAGUAUCAUAACGCUACAGAAACUUAGUUUGCAAAACAUAACUAAAACACUACAAUAUCUAACCUCUUCGAUCUACAAUAUAAUAUCACUGUAAAUAAAAGGAAAAUAAAUAUUUUUUGUUUUGAUGCUAAGAUUAUUUUUUUAAUAUAUCAAAGAAUAAUUUGGUCUAAAGGUGUGUGAUGCUAAUGGUUUCUCUUAGAAGAAUGGUUUGGCUUCCUCUGACACAGCAUGCUUUCUUUAUCAAGACCAAGGACUGGUUUAAAGGAGAGUAAACAUUGGUGAAACAAGGCUUAAUUCAGUGGGAUUAUAUGAGCCUCAACCUAUAGCACUUUAUUUAUUUGUCUAGACACAGCAAGAUAAUCUCUGUAAAGAUUAUCAGGUAAUGAGUUCUGGUUCCUGUCAGUACAUAUCCACACUAUAGUAUAUUUGCAUGGUUUGGUUAAGAUACUUUUUGAAAAAGGACACCUUCUAUGAUUAUUUUUGGAUGAUUCAGGCUUGCUCCAUUUUAUGGUGACCUCGCAGACAGGUGCACUUCACCCUGACCCGGGAACAGCUGUCAUGCUUAAGAAUUCAAGGGCUUGGAUUUAUAUUGGGUUUCAGAGUAAGAGAGCUGUUCUUCCUAUCACAUUAUCAUAGGAAAGGAGGUUUCCAUUAACAGCAGUUUUACAAUUGCCACACUCUUAAAGACUUCAUCCAGAAAUGGCACCAAUGGACUUGUCAAAUGUAUUUGUUUGGACGCUCUCGUUGUACUGAAGCGUACGCUCUAAAACACCUUGAACUAUUUGAAUUCAUUCUCCAAUACUAUAUCAAUCAAUAUCAGCAUGCCAACCAUAUAUCAGCAUUUAGAGUCAAUAUUUGCACUUUACUGAAUUUUGUGGCUGUCUGCACUCUGAUCCGCACUAUCCUCACUAACCUGGAGUAAACAGAUGCUCUGCUAUUGUGUUUCCUAUUGAGUGAGCAGGAAAAGCUUGGGUAAUACUAUAUUUGAGUACAAAGAAGAGCUCUAUAACUUGCAUAUAUGUGAUGUGUGACAUGUCUUAACCUGUCUGCAUUUAAAUGAGUGCUGUGAGAAUUUGUGAAGGCUAAUAUUUGAAGGUGUGAUCUGCAGCUAGUGAACCACCACAGAAGUGUUUCUUUUAACCUUAACGGUUUAUGGAAAGCUAUGCAGCAUUUACGAGUCAGGAGCUGUUUUAGGCUUCUCAAAUUGUGUGUCACCCAAUGUUGUGUUCAUUUCCAUGUAAUCAAAAUGAAGCGGUUUUUUUUGUGUGUGUGUGUAAUUCAGUCCAUAUAUUGUAUUACUGAAGCCCUGUUAUAUGAAGUCUGUUUUCUGGUUAUUAGGUUGUUGUUUAUGAUCUAAGCAGGUGAAUUGCCAGUACAGCUGUUGAUUGAGUUGCAUG